UUGGUCAGCUUUUUUUCUUGUUGGACUAAAAAUCAGUUGGCUGAAAAUACGUGAUGUCACAAAAGAGGAGAAGAGGAAACGAAGAACAGAGAAGAGCAGGAAAGCUCCCAAAAGCUCCUCACGUUAUUACAUCUCUCUCCGUCCCUCUAUUUACAUCAUAAUUAUUUGCAGGAUAUGGUUGCUUGGUUGCCAGAGUUUGGCUCCCAUUGAAGGGAUAUUACACUUUUGCUGAUUCCAAUUUUAAAGAGAAAGGCACAGCCUUCUGUAUUUAGAGAGAGAGUGUGAGGGAGAUUUAGGAGGAGGAGAUGGGUUCGAAGAAGGCAGAAAGUACAUCAGCUCCGGCAAUUAGACGAGACCCUUAUGAGGUAUUGAGCGUAUCGAGAGAUUCUACAGACCAGGAGAUUAAAACUGCUUAUAGAAAACUAGCUCUCAAAUAUCAUCCGGACAAGAAUGCCAGCAAUCCUGAAGCUUCUGAACUUUUCAAGGAGGUUGCGUAUUCCUAUAGCAUCUUAUCCGACCCAGAGAAGAGAAGGCAGUAUGAUAGUGCAGGGUUUGAGGCUCUUGAUGCUGAAAGCAUGGACAUGGAAAUUGAUUUAUCUAAUCUGGGUACCGUCAAUACGGUAUUUGCUGCAUUAUUCAGCAAGCUUGGUGUCCCUAUCAAAACUACAAUUUCUGCUAAUGUUCUUGAAGAAGCUCUGAACGGAACUGUCACAGUCAGACCCCUUCCUAUUGGAACAUCAGUUAGUGGAAAGGUGGAAAAGCAAUGUGCCCAUUUCUUUGGUGUAACAAUAAAUGAGCAACAAGCUGAGUCAGGCAUUGUUGUGAGAGUAACUUCAACUGCACAAAGCAAAUUUAAGUUACUUUAUUUUGAACAAGAUGUCAAUGGUGGCUACGGUUUGGCAUUGCAGGAAGAUAGUGAGAAGACUGGCAAGGUGACGUCUGCAGGAAUGUAUUUCUUACAUUUUCAAGUGUACAGAAUGGAUUCAACUGUGAAUGCUUUAGCAAUAGCCAAGGAUCCUGAUGCAGCUUUCUUUAAAAGAUUGGAAGGUCUUCAACCUUGCGAGGUUUCAGAACUAAAAGCUGGCACUCAUAUAUUCGCUGUUUAUGGGGAUAAUUUUUUCAAGACUGCUACCUACACAAUAGAGGCACUUUGUGCAAAAUCAUAUGAAGAUACCACAGAAAAGCUCAAGGAGAUUGAGGCUCAAAUUUUACGAAAAAGAAAUGAGCUGCGCCAGUUUGAGACAGAAUACAGGAAGGCUUUGGCGCGCUUUCAAGAAGUAACUAACAAAUACAGCCAGGAAAAGCAAUCAGUGGAUGAGCUGCUGAAACAGAGGGAUAGCAUACAUGCUUCCUUCACUGUGACUAGGACACUUAGUAAUUUAAGCAAUGGAAGUUCGAGCAAAGUUCUUGGUGAAGAUUCAAAAGCUGAAAGUCCAGGGGAAGAGGGAAGCGAGGGAAAAGAUAGAUCAGCCAAAAAGAAAUGGUUCAAUUUGAACCUUAAAGGAUCUGAUAAAAAGCUCGGUUAAAAAGGUUUUAUAGGUGAUUUUGUAUUAUCUGAGAAGUUUGAAAGGAUAGCUAUCGUCGCAUUUUAUAUUAGGGCCACCAAUUUAUUGCAUGCAAAAGUUUGUUUUGUAUUAUUUGUUUUCUUUUUAUUUUUUCUCCUCAUUAGGGUUUUGUCCUGAGGUGGGUUUUUUGUGGCAUGUUACAAUAUGGUUCUAUAAGAAGUUUCAGGAUUUCAAGGUACGUGUGUGUAUAAUUUCAAUUCAUUUUUUUUCAUAAAGUUACUUUUCUUGUUCUCUUAGCUCAGUUAGCAAAUUCGAACAUUUGUUGUAAUACUCUUCUUAAAUAAUUCCUUCAUUUCUUUUUAUGUUGUAAGAAA